GUCGCCGUUUUACCCGGAGGCAUUAGCAACACGUACGCGCGCCACUCGGCUGUGUUGUUGUUGUUUCGUUUCAAUUUUCUCGUGUUUUUUCCUCCUCCUUGACGUCCUGCGGCAGUGGACCGAUGCAGUGCGCUUGGCUCCACUUGGGUCCGCUGCAGUGGGCCACUUUCGUCGACAAACAGCUCCAGGUGACGGCGGGAAAGGAGCCGCGAGAGUUCGGAGGGUGGUUGCUCACCGUCGACCCCGUGUCCGCCAGUAUGGUUCUGGUCACCUUUAGCGCGGUGGGAGGGGCCAGCGUCCAGGUGGUGAUGGGUCACGCAGUGCGGCACGUGGAGGUGGUACGGGAACCGGACGCCGCCACGGCCCGUCGUCUGCGCUCACUCUUCCCGCCCCCCGUGGCCGGUGGGCCGGACCCGCGGCGGCGCGCUGCCGUCCGCCGGUGGCUGGAGGACAACCGCGUGCCCGUGGAGGAGCACGGCGACCAACUCCGGGUGGCCGGCGCGGUCACCGUGGUCGCGCCUUACGGGCCCGACAACUGCAGCGGCGCCAACCAGAUCGUCCUGGAUCGAGUACAGAAGCUGCUGGACCGACACAGACGGCAGGAAGCGGCGGAGGAACGACAGGAAGCCGACGCUGCUUCCUGAAGGCCUCUCACCUGCACCCGCUUCCUGUCCUUGAUCAAAUAAAAAGUUGCGCUUGACCCAC